AUGGCAGCUUUUUUGGCCGAGCUUGCGGAGGCGGCGGGGAGAUUUGACGACAUGCGCGGCCACGUGAAAUGUUUGGUGGAGCAGCGCCUGCGAGGCGACGAGGAGGGGUGUCAGGAAAGGCCCACUGAGCGACAGCCGACGCCAAUGCUCUCGGAGAGAGAGAGGAAUCUCCUUUCCGCCGCAUACAAAGCCUCCUUGGCACCUCGUCGUUCUGCAUUGAAAGCUAUCAGCAAGAUCAUUUGCAAAGAGGAAAACGAAGGGAAUUUGGACAAGAUCACUUGUGCCACAAAGUACAGUAUGUCACUCAAAGCAGAAGCGGAGGGGAUUUGUUGUGAACUUCUGGGAAUGGUGCAGCAGCUUGUUUUGCAGACGGAGGGUUCCGAGCACAUCGUAUUUUACCACAAGAUGCAAGGGGACUACUACAGACAUUUGUCUGAGAUUCUGGAGGGAACAGCUAAAAUAAAGGCUGUGAAACUAUCUCGUUGGAAGUAUGACCAGGCAGAGAUUUUAGCAGAGAGAGACCUGGAGAUCACCAACCCAAUUCGCCUGGCCGUGGUUCUGAAUUACUCCAUUCUGAUUGCUGAAUUGGAUGACGAUCAUAGAGCUGCUCGCAGAAAAGCUCGCCGCACCUAUGACGCAGCGCUCCAACAGCUGGACUACAUACCAGAGGACAAGUACAAAGAUGCAACUCUCAUUCUGCAGCUGUUGAGAGAUGUAGCUCAGGAGCCUUUAUGGGCAGACCCGUGA